AGGAAGUCGUGCCGUAUGAGGCCUUUCCAAGUGGCUUUGACCCGGUCAAGGUUCACGGUUUCAGAAUAGCACUUUUGAAACAGCGCGUGCGCAGCCUUCAGCUGAAGGAUGUGCCAGAUCGAGGAGGUUUUGAUUUGGAUGCCUUCAUUUCAGAGCACCAGCUGGAAGUCCUGGUUGAGAAAAAGGUGAAUGUUGCGAACGCAGCCUCCGAUGCAAUCCCAGACGUGCAGGUCUCACCGCAGAGGCUUGCAUUCAGCUCUGGAGGGCCGCUUCGGCUCCGUGCCGACUCUCCGCUGACCUUGACCGCGGCGCUCGAAGCAACAGCGACGGGAGUCGGAAAAGCCAAAGGCUUAACGAUUUACGAUGCAAGUGGAGUGAGGCAGCGUUUGACCUAUAAAGAGCUUCUGAGACACGCACGCCAGAUAGCCGCAGGGCUCUGCUCUAUGAGGAUUGGCGCGGCAGCUCCGAGCAGCACUUCCUUUUCACUUCUCCAGGUGCCAGUUCUUCGUGAACACUUUGAGUGCUUUUGGGGUUGUUUGCUCUCGGGCACCAAGCCAGUCACAGUGGCGAUUCCUCCAGACUACUCAGACGCAGGCCAUGCCGUGUGUAAUAAGCUGUGCAACGUUUGGACUCUUUUGGAGCAGCCUCCUAUUAUCACCACGGUCGCCAACGUGGGGAAGCUGAAGCAGCUGAAUCUUAUGGAGUUGAUAUGCGUGAUCUCACGAGAGGAGUUGCUUGCCGCAGCGACUCAGAGUGGGCAUCGUGAGCUGAGCAACUGGAGUGCACAACCAAAUGAUGUCGCGUUCUGCCAGUUGAGCAGCGGUUCCACUGGCAUUCCGAAGUGCAUUCAAAUUGCCCACAGAGGAGUUGUUGCGCACAUUCAGGGGGAGGCCCAGUUUUGUGGCUACGACUCAUCCGACGUCCACGUGAACUUCUUGCCCUUGGACCAUGUGGUGCCGAUCCUCACAGCCUCUUGGGACGAGGGACCAUGGGGCCAAAAACGGUCUGUUCGACAUGUGUUUAGACUUUUCUUCCAGUUGCUUUUUAGUUGUUUCUAAGGGCGAUGGCCUCUAACCUAAGAGCGAUGCGCUCCAACACUAGGGAUGGCCUCCAACCUGCUAGCGAUGGCCUCCAUGGGGCCAAAUACAUUUUGACAUUUCGUUUACUUUGC